AUGUUUGGCAAAGGACCCAGUCUAUCACGGAAAGAGCAAGCACAUACAGAGGAUGAUGAGGAGAAGAAUGAUGAUAAGGGUUCUGAUCAUGAUGAUGACAAAGGUGAUGAUGAUGAUAACAGCGAUCAAGGUGGUACUGGGUUGAUUGUAUACGAGAAGAAAGUUACCAAGUCAGAUGCUUCAGAACAAAAUGAUUAUAUGAAUGAUGCUGAGAAUGAAGAGGAAGCUGAAGGUGAGGGGGAACAUGAUGAUGUAUUGUAUGAUGAAGACACUUCUGAAAUCUUCAUAAACGUUCAACCUAUAACGUCUGUUCCUGCAAGUCAAAACAUGAUCAUAUAUCUUUGUCAUGAUGUCAAGGAGGGAGAGUUUGUGUACAACUAUACGAAAGAAGAAAUUGCAAAGAUGUGCGGCAUAGACGAUGAAAGAUUCGAGUUUAAUUUUGAAGAGGAGUUGAUGAACAUUGAUAUUACAAAGCCUGAUGAUUAUGUGUCUAAUCAUGUUCAACAAGCUGAUGAUUAUGAUGAAGUUAUCAUUGAAGAUGAUCCUGAUAAUGAACUUCCAAAGUAUUCUGGUGAAGAUACAGAUGAUUUCCCCAUGUUUACUGAAAAAUAUGCUCAUGAAGCUGAUGAUUUGGUUAAGUCAAAGAUUGAAGAGAGGAUUAAGGAUGGUGAAUCUCCGAGACUGAGUAAAGAUCAAAUCAGGGAAGCUCGUAAGCUUCGUUCAAGUUAA